CAGCUGCUGAGAAACACGUUAAGUCUGCAAGCAUGCAUCACGCAUAAGUGGGUGUAGUGGAAGUAAUCAUAAUAAAUGCACUACUGCAGAAUCUAUAAUGUUAACGAUUUAUCAUAAUGGUUGUUUUACAUACCCUUAUGAGUAUCGUGGUGAAGGAAAUGCUCAUCUAGCGCUUUCUUUACAAAAUGAAAAUAAAAUACUUCUGAUUAAAAAACAAAGCGUUAAUGAUUUGAGUAAUGAUGAAGAGAAAUGGAAUAACUCAAUUAAUUUUCAUAAUAAUAUAAUGUGCAUAUUACUGGAACCUUUUGUCUCAAAAGUACACAAAGUUAAAAUUGACGCGCGAGAUAUUCAACAAAUUGAAACCAAUAUUGCAACAAUUAGACCACCAUUCAGACAAAAUAAUGUGUUAUCAACAAUUUGUGCUGCGUUAAUGCAUGAUUAUACCCACUUGCAAUUAGCGAACAGAGUUUAUGAAAAUUUGCCAACAAUAUCUUUUGAAAUCAAACCGAAGUGCCCUAUCGACAUUGACAAUAAAUGUAAGUUUUGUAACAAACAAAAGAAGAAAUUACAGUCUGGCAGGAUUGUACGUGUAACAAAAUAUUGCCCAAAAGAUUUGUAUUCAGGAGAUAUUAAAAGAAUGCAAGAAGCAGUAUUAAAUCUUCUUAAAAAUCCGCAAAAUAAUAUUCAGAUUUAUAAAAAUUCUAAGUUAAUAUACUCGGAUCAACAUGACAUGCAAGAACUUGACAAAACUUUUGCUUAUUGGGACAGCAAGAACCCAACAUCAACAAUAGUUAAUGUGAUAGUUGAAAUUCUUAAUUAUAAUUAUCAAUCGCAAUGCAAUUGGCACGAAAAAUCAACAACAUUUACAGUGUUAGAGCGAUUAAAACAACUCCAAGAAUUGGAUAAUAGCAAUAAUCCACCGGUGACAAAUGAUCGUGGUUAUGUGAACUUGCUGCUAACAGCGAUUGCUGAUAUAAAAUCUGAUCAGCUUUCCAAAUGUGAAUUGAUAUCACACAUUACUAGCCCAUUAAGUAGCCACUAUUUGUCGAAAAUUGUUAGGGAUUGUUCAUUCAUGAUUUCAGUGAAACAACUUCCGCCAAACAGUGAUUUUGGUGACACAGGUAUGAAAUAUGUAUGCGUAAAUGGCAUGUAUUAUGUUUUUGAUGUAAAAGUGUUUGAUUUAUUUCCCAAAGAUGAAAUAAAAUAAAAUAAUUUGGGUUAAAACUAAUAAACAGUGACCAUUAUAUUAUGAAA